AUCUCGUCAUUCUUCACGCCCAAGUCCGCCGUCACCGACCCUUCUUUGCUUCUCUUCUCCAUCUUCUUCUCCGCCUCAUCGCGUCCGUAGCUUCUCGAUUCUCCCAUGGCGACGAUCGAGCUCGUCAAGGCCCGCCAGAUCUUUGACAGCCGUGGCAACCCCACCGUCGAGGCCGAUGUUCGUCUGACAAAUGGAAUCGUGGCCCGGGCUGCUGUCCCCAGCGGCGCCUCAACUGGUGUGUAUGAAGCUUUGGAGCUUAGAGAUGGUGGAUCUGAUUACCUUGGAAAGGGUGUCCUCAAGGCUGUUGAGAAUGUGAACUCUAUCAUUGGACCUGCCUUGGUUGGAAAGGAUCCUACAGAACAGACUCUGAUUGAUAACUUCAUGGUGCAAGAGCUUGAUGGAACUAAAAACGAGUGGGGUUGGUGCAAGCAAAAGCUUGGUGCAAAUGCCAUACUGGCUGUAUCAUUGGCUGUAUGCAAAGCAGGAGCUAUGGUGAAGGGGAUUCCACUCUACCAGCAUAUUGCUAAUCUUGCUGGGAACAAAACCCUUGUGUUGCCUGUACCUGCAUUCAAUGUGAUUAAUGGAGGAUCACAUGCUGGAAAUAAGCUUGCUAUGCAGGAGUUUAUGAUACUUCCAGUAGGGGCUUCUUCAUUCAAGGAAGCCAUGAAAAUAGGUGCUGAAGUGUAUCACCACUUGAAGUCUGUGAUCAAGAAGAAGUAUGGGCAAGAUGCUACUAAUGUUGGUGAUGAAGGUGGCUUUGCUCCUAACAUUCUGGAGAACAAAGAAGGCCUUGAACUGUUGAAGACAGCUAUCGCAAAAGCUGGAUAUACUGACAAAGUUGUGAUUGGUAUGGAUGUUGCUGCUUCUGAGUUUUAUAAUGACAAGGAUAAGACCUAUGAUCUGAACUUCAAGGAGGAGAAUAAUGAUGGGUCGCAAAAAAUAUCCGGAGACAAGUUGAAAGACCUCUACAAGUCCUUCGUAAAAGAGUACCCAAUUGCCUCCAUAGAAGAUCCAUUUGAUCAGGAUGACUGGACUCACUAUGCGAAGCUAACUGCAGAGAUUGGAGAGCAAGUACAAAUUGUUGGAGAUGAUCUUCUUGUGACCAAUCCCACUCGUGUUUCAAAGGCUAUUAAAGAGAAGGCGUGCAAUGCCCUUCUUUUGAAGGUAAAUCAAAUUGGAUCUGUAACCGAGAGCAUUGAAGCUGUGAAAAUGUCAAAGCAUGCUGGCUGGGGUGUUAUGGCAAGCCACCGAAGUGGUGAGACAGAGGAUACCUUCAUUGCUGACCUUUCUGUUGGUUUGGCAACGGGACAAAUCAAGACCGGAGCUCCAUGCCGUUCCGAGCGCCUUGCCAAAUACAACCAGCUUCUGAGGAUCGAAGAGGAGCUUGGUGAUGCAGCAAUCUACGCCGGCCCUAAGUUCAGGGCACCUGUGGAACCUUACUAAGGGGAGAGUUGAUAAUCCUGGCAUCAAUAACUUUCGGUUCAGUGUCACUACUUUUCUUCUUCUACCUCUGAGACUAGUAAAACAAUAAAAUUUUGUUUCCCUGUAUUAAUCUAUGUCAAACUUAUGGUCAACUCUAUGGUUGUAAUUGGGUCCAUAUACACAGUAUUUUAGGGCUCAGUGUUUCCCAGGUAUGUUUUGAGUGUAUUGUUGAGUACUUUUGUUUGUAUAAUCUCAGCACUUUGAGUCUCUGUUUUUGGAAACAGAGAAGAAUAAAUUUCCAGUACUAAUAAA